UUUACAGAGACGGACCUGGCCAGAAUUUAAAACUAGGCCGAAGCAUUCUAAAAUGCUGUCUUGUUGACGUUUUCAGAAAACAGAUUUUAUGUUGAACAGCGUAGCGCAUAAUGCAAAUAACGCGCAUGAAGCUUUAAUGAAGACAACUGCUGACACAGGCACGUGGGUCGGAACACUGAUGACGGCUGCCUUGCGUGAGGAAGCAUGCAGCAGAAGAGGAAUAUCCAGAUCAUUGAGUGGGAGGACCUGGACAAGCGGAAGUUCUAUUCUUUUGGUGUGUUCAUGACCAUGACCAUCCGCGCCACGGUCUACCCUGCCACGCUGAUCCGCACAAGGCUACAAGUGCAGAGGGGAAAAUCACUCUACAACGGGACGCUUGACGCUUUUGUCAAGAUCCUGCGGGCCGAAGGCAUACGUGGCCUCUACCGUGGCUUCAUGGUCAACACCUUCACGCUCAUCUCCGGCCAGGCUUACAUCACCACCUACGAGCUGGUCAGGAAGUAUGUGUCCAACUACUCGGCGAGCAACACACUCAAGUCUCUGGUGGCAGGAGGCUCAGCAUCGCUAGUGGCACAGAGCAUUACAGUCCCUAUUGAUGUGGUCUCGCAGCAGCUGAUGAUGCAGGGUCAGGGUGAGCACCUGACACGCUUUCGGUUCAAGCCCAAGAUGGCAGUGGAUGCCAGGAAGCACAGGGUAACAUUUGGACAGACUCGGGACAUUAUUGUGCAGAUCUUUGCUGCUGACGGCCUGCGCGGAUUUUACAGGGGCUACGUGGCGUCUCUCCUGACAUACAUCCCUAACAGUGCAGUGUGGUGGCCUUUCUAUCACUUCUAUGCAGAACAGUUGUCUAAACUGGCACCGAGUGAAUGCCCUCAUCUUAUACUGCAAGCCAUGGCAGGACCCCUGGCUGCUGCCACUGCAUCCACAGUCACCAACCCCAUGGAUGUUGUCAGGGCCAGAGUACAGGUGGAAGGCAGGACAUCGGUCAUUGAGACUUUUAAGCAGCUGCUGGUAGAGGAGGGGUUCUGGGGAAUGACUAAGGGGCUGUCGGCACGGAUCAUCUCCUCCACACCCACGGCCAUUGUCAUGGUGGUGGGCUACGAGACCCUGAAGAAGCUGAGCCUGCGGCCAGAGCUGGUAGAUUCAAGACACUGGUAGAGGACACAGGGCAACCAUCAGCUGGCAGUUCCCCACAAACUAUCCCGACCCACCCUCUAUCAAGUCAUUCAGUCUUGGGUCACUUCGUCCCAUGUUUUUGUUAGCCUUUUAAAUCUAUGUUGCCUUGAUAUCUCUGUAUGGUGGGGGUUGUCAUUUUAUGCUUUAUGUCAGUGAUGAGGAGUAUUUUCUCUUCAUUCUUGAAAUGGUGAAGUUAUGUUCACUGAGGACUAUAUUUUUGUAACACCUGAUGUCAAAUAAGGAGACGCAAAAUUCAA